AUGGACUCGGCUCCCGAUCUCCCGCUACAAAUGCUCAGUUUUCAGCCAGGUCUGCGUUCAGGUCAAGCUAAAGCCGACUCUCAAAACUUGAGCGCCCUGUUCGAGGUGGCGGUAGGGUGCGGAUACGGCGGGCCUGGUGCCGCCGUCUCAGCGGCGUACGUCAAUCCUACGAAGCCCUGGCAGACCAGGAGGACAGAACCCCAAGAGCAUUAUUACGCUAUCUGGGGCGGGCAGCUUGAGACCGACGGGAAAGGCAGGAUCAAGACGUGGGACGUGGUAAAGCCGACGGCACAUAUUUUUUAUGGCACGCGGAUGAUCGACAUGAAGGAUGAUGUGGGGAAGUGGGACGGGUUUGAGGAUCAGUCUCCUCGCAUCAGAUUGAGAGGUCUGGAAGCCGCAGAGUACAAUGACGCAAUACGCCUGAAAAGCGAGUUCAGAUCAUAG